CGCAACUAUAACUCGUUAAAUAAAGCUUUUUGUCUGUAUAGACGCGCUCCAGGCUCGUGCUCCAAGCUUCCCCGCUGCCGGUUCGUCUUCACGUCCUUCUAGCAUGCGCAGCCUUCUAGACGCGCUCUAUAACGCAUUAUACAAUGCAGCAAUCAUGAUGCGAAGGCUCUAGAGGAAUGGCCAUAUAGUCUAACGCGAUGUAGCGGCUCCAUGCCCGCGAUGGUGGUUAUCCCUACCAAUGGGCGGGUGACGCGUAGAGUGGCCGUACGCAAGGUUCACAGUAUACUGUCGAACCGACUCAAAAAUGGGGAAGAACAGUUCCUGGUCCGCUGGGACACAACCAAUUCCACGAACAAACCGCCUCUUAGCUGGCAUGGUUUAAACGAACUGGCCCGAUGCCUCGAGCUUGUACAGGAAUAUCUCGAGGUUCGGCAAAAAUCUCGGAAGACGUUGCCCUCUCACGUUCAGGCUUCAAAGAAGAGAAAGAGCCCUGAUUCCGAGACUGAGUUCGAACGCCAGCCAUCGCCCCUUGAUAGGAGGCUCGAGCAGACAAGCAGGACCCCAUCUUCUCGAUCUACGUCAGUGUCAUCGGCUGCCACGUCAUCCAGUGCUCCCGUCGACGUCUACAAUGGCGUCCUAGCGGAAGACGAGCACGGCUUCAGGUAUUGCCGAAGCGCUUCCGGGCCAGACGUUGUCGAAAUCGAUAUCCGCAAUGUCCCUACUCUGGAAAUGCUUCGCACAGCCCAGCGCUCCAAGGUUGAAAACGCGAAUGUCCUCAUCCGAGCAGAAUACAUCCGCCGCCUCGAGAAGAUCCCCGGGCGAAGAGUCUCCCUCAACAACAUAUACGACGCCUCUACGCCCUCGCUGCGCUUUCGCUAUAUCCCGGACUACGUCUUGCGCGAAGGAGUAUUCCGCGCGGAUCCGGCGACGCAAGAGGGAUGCCAGGAGUGCUCGCCGCACAUGGGCCGAGAUAUCGGCUGUGAGUACACGAAGAAAUGCUCCUGUCUUGAAUACGCCGCCGUGGACGUCUCCCGCAUGGACGCGCAAAUGGCAAAGGAGUACGAGACGGCAAAGGCAACGGGCGGGAACCUAAUGGGCUUCCCGAAGAAAUUCCCCUACUACGCCGAGGGCACCAAGAUCCAGCGCGCGGGGUGCCUCGUGCCCUUCUACCUGCACUCGCGCCGCCCCAUCUACGAGUGCAACGACAACUGCAACUGCGGCCCGCGCUGCCGCAACAAGAACGUACAGUUCGGCCGCACCGUCGAGCUCGAGAUCUUCAAGACCGGCAGCGGCGCCGGCCGCGGCUGGGGCCUGCGCUGCCCGCAGCCGCUGCACGAGGGCCAGUUCGUCGACACGUACCGCGGCGAGAUCAUCACCGACGCCGAGGCCACGCGCCGCGAGGAUGCCGCGCAUUCCAAGACCAAGGCCUCGUACCUGUACAGCUUGGACAAGUUUGCUGAGAGCGAGGGCCUCGCGCCUGAGGAGCUUUACGUCGUCGAUGGCGAGUUUAUGGGCGGCCCGACUAAGUUUAUGAAUCACUCCUGCGAGCCGAAUUGUCGCCAGUACACGGUUAGCUAUAAUAAGCAUGAUUGUAGGGUCUACGAUAUUGCGUUCUUCGCUUGUCGGGAGAUCCCUGCCGGCGAGGAACUCACGUUUGACUACUUGGAUAAGGAGGACGGCGAGGAGAUUGACGAUCCGGGCGAGGGCGCGAUCCCGUGUCUCUGCGGCGCGGCGAAGUGCCGCAAGUGGCUCUGGACUUAGGUGGACGUCGUCACGUCGUGCCUGCGAGCUGAUGCGUGGGCAUGCAGGGGGCGAGCUGGGCACGAAUUGGUAGACUGACUGACGGAUGUGUAUAUUGGCUGUUGGACGGGACUGGCUCCUGACCGGCGAUGCGCAGA